ACUUAGCUACUCUGUUCGACGCCAGGUUAUUCUUUGAACCCUACAACUGCGCUAUCAACUGCCUGGAAGGAAGUAUCUAGAACUUGACUUAGUCACCAAGCACGCUUUCCUCUCGCACGAGGUCUCUUCGUCGUCUCACCUGAAGCUCGUGGCGUUCUAACGGGGACCCAUACUCAGCACAACAAAAUAACCUUCUUAUAAGCACAAACAGUACCGGACAGUACUUUUAUUGGCAUAAGAAUACCAUGCCUGGCCCUCAGUCUCCAUACUCUCAUUCCGGACCAUCGACUUACUACCACCAACCACCUAUGCCUUACGGUUAUGCGCCUUCCCCGAUGAAUGGUCACCCCCAACCGGUCCCAUACCCGUAUCAGUAUCCUGCACCGAACCCUGUCAUGAACGGUCACGCGCAUCCCGUCCCAGCCCAACCUUCGUCUCCUCGUGUCGUACCUGCUCCUGGUCCCACUCGCGGCGGCUAUCAUCCAGCAGCCUCUCGCGGCGGUGGUCCGAGCUAUCAAAAUUAUCAUUCGUCUCACAUUCCGCCACAAAUGCAUCCCCAACACCAACCCCAGCAACUCCCGCACUCGCCGUACAUUCACCACCAUCAGCCUCAUGUGCCCAUGCCACACCAUCCUCAUUCCCCAGCCCCUUCUCCGUCAAGUCCAUUCCAGCAUCACCAGCAACUCGCCCCUCAAAAGUAUCCUCUUCACCCACAAGCGGUCCCGUAUUCUCCUACCUUCACCCACGCACAUCUCCAGCAGCAACACCCUAACGGUUACCAGCAACAUUACCUACCCCCACAUCUUCAGCACGUACCACCACCACUGCCAACAGUACCGCCGCAAGGAGCUGCAUCGCCUAUCCCAAAACAAAUGACUAUGCCUCCGCCUCCGCCACAGUUAUCUCCGUUAGCCGCGCCAGCACAUCCUCCGCCCAGACAGGAAGAAGCACCGCUCGUCCAGAUAGAUAUUGAACAAAUAAAAACAGAACCACCGCCUGCUCCGCCUCCAGAGGUACAUCUCGCCUCAGUCGAAAUAUCAUCUGCGCCAGAGCCGGAGCCCCAGCCUGAGGAAUCUAAUGCAUCUGUUCCAACACUCGCCAUCGAAACUGAGUCUGCGACACAAUCCGAAGAGCCGGCCAUAUUGGAAAGACCUCCUAGCCCUUCUCCUUCUCCAGACUCUCGCAGUCAAGCCAUGUCCAUCUCUCCCUCCGUAUCGAGUUCAAUAUCUCAAUUCUCUACGUCGACGCCGUCCUCGAACUCCGUUGGUGGUUGGGCCAUCUGGUCCAGGCGCCCUCACGACCCUACGCAUGCUCCUGGAAUCAUCAUCUCUCCACGAGCCUGUCCGCCCGAGAUCGUUAUUCAGCGAUCCCUCAAAGUAUCGACGCCGCCGCCUUCGCCACCACCUCCCGUUCCCUCCGUUACUACUGUUCCUGCUCACGCACCGGAGGAACCGGAGAAGAAAUCUGAGGUAGAGGUCGAAGCUGUUACUACUUCGAAACCAGAUGAAGAGAGCGAUGUUCCGUCGUCGGCUGUCACGAGUACAUCGCCUGAUACUCCCAUGCCUGGGUCGCCUCUCUCGACCAACACUUCGGUGUCCAUUUCUGGUGCUGCUAUCACUCAGUCGCCCGACCGCAAGACUCCGUCCAAGUCUUCUGUGGCACCGAAGGUUGAGAAUGCUCCCAGUCCUUCCACUGCCGCGGAGACGGAGAGUAAACACGCUGUGACUUCGACCCUCGAAGCUACUACCUCUACUGCUCCUGCACCAGAGCCCUCGACUCCUGCGGCCGAACUCGCAGCACCCGUGGCCGCUACCCCAGAAGCAUCAACGUCCAAGCCCGUUCCCGCCCCUACUCCCGGCCCUCCGGCGCCGAAGAAGACAUGGGCUUCUCUCCUCCGUAAGGACGACGGCGCAAGCCCGUCCUCCUCUAAGAGCAGCCUUCCAACCUCGUCCAUCGUCGGCUUCUCCGUUCCCGCAUCUCCACCUCCCGCUCGCAUCGCACCCGCACGCAAGACAGAGCUCGUCAACCUCCUUUCUGGUACUCACGCUGUCGUUUCAGCAGCCGCUGGAAAGAGUCUUGCUCCAAAGGCAGCGUCGCAGCCACCGAAGAUUAGACCGAGAGGCUUGGUCAAUAGCGGGAAUAUGUGUUUCGCGAACGCUGUGUUGCAGUUGCUGGUUUACUGUCCUCCGUUUUGGAAGCUGAUGACCGAGCUUGGCAAGUUACUUCCUGAAAGUCAAGGUCCGACUCCAGGUCAGGCUUCUGGUACUGCGACGCCAGUGAAUGGUGUGAAGGUGCAUGAGGAGGGAGAUACGCCACUCGUAGAUGCGACGAUCAGAUUCUUGAAAGAGUUUGGACCGGUGGAGCCGAAAGAAAAGGAGAAGGAGAGGAGGCCGAAUGGGUAUGGGAAGGGGAAGGAAAGGAGGGAGCAGGAGGAUGAGGGAGAGGGAGAUGGGUUAGAUUCGUUCAUGCCGACUUAUGUGUAUGAUGCGAUGAAGGAAAAGAAGAGGUUUGACAAUAUGCGGGGUGGCCACCAGGAAGACGCGGAAGAGUUCUUCGGGUUUUAUCUGGAUACACUGGAAGAAGAGUUGUUGUCGCUCUUGUCUGCGAUAAACCCUCCUUCUAAAGCGGAGAAGGAAAAGCCGGUGAACAUCGAGGAGAAGGUGGAGGAGCCACCGCAGGAGGAGGGAUGGAUGGAGGUGGGGAAGAAGAACAAGAGCGUCGUCACGCGUACCGUCAAGUCGACGGAGUCCCCUAUCACGAGGAUAUUCGGAGGCAAGUUCAGGUCUACGCUCCGUGCGCCAGGACAGCGCGAUUCGGUCAUGGUCGAAGAUUGGAGGUCAUUACAGCUCGAUAUCCAGCCCGAAUCCGUUCACACAAUCAAAGACGCUCUCGCUCGCAUCUCCAUCCCUCAAUCCGUCCAGGUGACCAACUCGACCACCCGCGUUCCCGUCGAAGCCAGUCAACAGAUCCUCAUCGAAGCUUUGCCACGCAUCUUGGUGCUCCAUCUGAAGAGGUUCCUCUACGACGUGGACGCGAAGGGGGUGGUGAAGCUCGGCAAGAUGGUAGAGUUUGGGCCCGAAUUGGAUAUUGGGAGCGACCUCAUGGCCCCAGGUAAGAAAGUGGGUCCACCGGCGAGGUAUCAGCUCUACGGAGUUCUCUACCACCACGGUCUCUCCGCAUCGGGCGGUCAUUACACCUUGGACGUCUUGCAUCCCAACCGUGACGGGGGCGUGAAACCCCGCGAAGGCUGGAUCCGAAUUGACGAUGAACUCGUCUCGGACGUGAGGCAAGAGGAUGUGUUUAGUGGGUUGGACAGGGACGACCGGUGUGCAUACCUGUUGUUCUACAGGAGGCUUGUUGGUGGCGCAAGAGCUUGAGCUCGCUCCGAGUUUGUGGAAAGACGUGUGCGUAUUCUAUGGACUUUGAAGAUACGCUAUAGUUAUAAUGAGUAGUGGAGUCUUUGCUUGUUUCGUUUUUUUUUGUUGAUGUUUGACGGAGCAUGAAAAGUUGGUAAACCGGUGUCCAGUUUGAGUAGCGUUCGUCCCUUUUCUUUUUCUUUUGGUUUCAGUCAAUGCUUUCCUGCUGUCUGUGUCUUAGCCCUUCAACCUCCGUAUACCGGGGAGCAAUUCAUCGCAUUUUCUUUCUCUAUUGUUUUUGUUUUGCGUUUCGCAUUAUCAAGUAUUUAUUCAAGUAGUGAAUGCAUG